AGUACUAAGAGUAAAGACUUAGCACACCUAAAAAUGACUAGUCAUCAUCAUCAUCACAUAGUCCUCUUCCCUUUCAUGGCCAAAGGCCACACCAUUCCUCUCCUUCACUUAGCUAGACUCCUAAUUCAUCGCCAUGUCACCAUCACCUUCAUCACCACACCAGCUAACCGGCCUUUCAUCGCAGAAUAUCUUGCCGGCGCCGGCGCCGGCGCCGCCUCUAUCCUCGUCCUUCCUUUCCCUAAUAACAUCCCCGAAAUACCUCCCGGAGUCGAGAGCACCGAUCAACUCCCCUCCCCGUCUCUCUUCCUCACAUUUGCCAAAUCAACAAAACUCCUCCGCCCUGAUUUCGAAUCCGCCCUUGAAUCUCUUCCUCACGUUAGCUGCAUAAUCUCAGACGGUUUCCUCGGUUGGACUCUCGAUUCCGCAGCCAAAUUCGGCAUUCCCCGUUUAGUCUCCUUUGGCAUGAGCAACUACACCAUGUCCAUAACAGAGGACGUAAUGGCAAACCGGCUUCUAGUCCUGACAGGACCAGAAACCGACAACGACGAUGAACCCAUCACUUUGACAAGCUUCCCAUGGAUCAAGCUGACUAGAAACGAUUUCGAUCAGCCAUUCAACCAACGCCAGCCGAAUGAGCCAUUAUUAGAAUUCAUCAACGAGCAAAUUUCCUCUACCUCAGCUAGCUUCGGCUCGAUCAUGAACAGCUUUUACGAGCUUGAACCAGCUUUCGUAAAUUACAUGAACCGUGACCAAAUAAUUCCAAAGGCUUGGUGCGUUGGCCCCCUUUGCUUGGCGGAGCCAAGCAGCCGCCGGUCUGAUCAUGAUUACCUGGAUUGGUUAGACCAGAAGCUAGCUGAAGGAAGAUCAAUUCUUUACGUAGCGUUUGGAUCGCAAACCGAUAUAUCUACUGAACAACUAACGGAAAUUGCAUUGGGUCUGGAGCAAUCCGGUGUUAAUUUCAUAUGGGUGUGGAGGAAAGGGCAGGAAGGAGAUUUGGGUGGGUUUGAAGAAAGGGUGAAAGAUAGGGGAAUUGUAAAGAAGGGAUGGGUUGAUCAAAAGGCGAUUCUGGGUCAUGAAAGUGUGAAGGGAUUCUUGAGUCAUUGUGGUUGGAAUUCUAUAAUCGAGAGUGUAUGUGCAAAGGUGCCGAUAUUGGCGUGGCCGAUGUUUUCAGACCAGCAUUUGAAUGCUAGAAUGGUGGUGGAGGAAAGUAAGAUUGGGCUGAGGGUGGAGACUGUGAAUGGAUCGGUUAGGGGGUUUGUGAAUUCGAAAGGGUUGGAGAAGAUGGUGAGAGAGAUGAUGGAAGGGGAGAAAGGGAAGGAGGUGAGGAAGAAGGUUAGUGAGCUUGGUGAAGCAGCAAGAAUGGCUAUGGAGGAAGGUGGAUCUUCAUGGAAUGCACUGAAUCGUCUUCUUCAUGAGGUUGAAAAUAUUUCAUCCUAGUUUCG